AUGCAGCCCAUCCUCAUCAUCGGCGCCGGCAUCACCGGCCUGACUCUAGCGCAAGCCCUGCGCAAACAAGGCAUCCCCUUCCGCAUCUUCGACCGCGAUGCGUCGCUGACCUCGCGGCAUGGCGGAUGGGGGCUGACGGUGCACUGGGCGCACUCGCUGUUCUGCACCUUACUGCCAGCAGAGGUCGUGCAGCGCCUGGAAGAGUCGCACGUCACGCGCGAGGCGCUCGACACGGGCGACUAUGGCCGGUUUACGCUGUUCGAUCUGCGGACGGGAGUCGCCAAGUACAAUGUGCCUGCGGCGAAGAGGAUGCGGUUCAGUCGGGCGACGCUGAGGGAGAUUCUGGCGAUGGGGGUUGACGUGGAGUGGUCCAAACGAUUAAUAGCUGUUGAUAGCCUCGACGACCGUGCCAUCGCCCAUUUCGACGAUGGCUCCUCCGUCCAGGGCUGUCUGGUCGUCGGCUGCGAUGGCUCGCGCUCUCGUCUCCGUCAGAUUCUGUAUCCAUCGUCGUACCAGAACAGACACAUCCCUGUCCGCAUGCUGGGCGUCUCGACUCGGUACUCGGUCGAGCAGGUUGCAGCAGCGCGCGCCAUCGAUCGAUACUUUUUCCAAGGCACGCAUGGCGCGUCGGGCGUGUAUCUGUUCUUCAGCUUCCUCGAAACACCACACACCUCGCCCGCGCAGACAGACUACCUCUGCCAGAUCGUCAUCUCGUGGCCCGAGGCGAAAGGCCUCGCCAUCCCAGCCAGCAACGAGGACCGGGUCGCUGUCAUGAAGCAACUGGCCGCCGACUGGGCGGAGCCAUUCCGCUCUCUGGUGCAAAACAUCCCUCCAGAUGCGCAAGUCACAUCGAUCAACGUCGAGGACUGGCUCCCAAGUAACAGUAACUGUAACGCGCGUGGACACGGGCGGAUGGUGCUGAUGGGCGAUGCGGCUCAUACGAUGACCAUGUUCCGCGGCGACGGCGCCAACCAAGCCAUAGCCGACGUGCACUCCUUCAUGCUACGAGUCGCGCCUCUGCUGACACCUCGCAACGACGUAUCAUUUACAGACCUGCGCGCCCGCAUCGAUGACUACGAAGACGAAAUGCAGAACCGCGCGCGGAAGGCAGUGGCAGACUCGAGUCGGGCGUGUCUCCAUGCGCAUCAGCUGGAUCUGAUCGAUGAGGAGAGUCCGCUGGUUGCGCGGAGACUGCAGCAGGCGCGUGCGAGGGUCUAG